GUCAUCAGAGGAGUCGAUUGCCUACGCAUGCGGAGUUGGGAUUACCAAGCCAUCUAACGGUGAAGAUUUGUUUAAUCAUUUGUGUAAUCCUAUGCCUUGAUGGAGUAACAAGCACUUGCCGUUUUCAGUGGAGCAAUCUAGGAUAAGAGGCGCGUGCAAGUGAGGACAUACUUGCCACGCCCACUGUUCAGGAAAGGGGAAUAUUUGCAGUAUCGCUCAUAAGACAAAAUGAGGUCAAAAUGACUGGUAACUCGCUACGCUUAGAUGAAUAACCGUACCCUCUCGGAAAGGGCAGUGACUCAUGAACCAAACCCGGAAAUACACUCGAUGUUGAAAGAUAGGAUCACAGGGGAAUAAUCGUAUUGAUCGAAGUUUGGAAGAAAAUUGGAUAACCCCCUAGCAGUUAUCGCGAUAAGGAUAAUGUCGAAAGAUCGUUCACCUCCAAAACCCGGAUAUUAUCACACCGAACUUGUAAAUACCCUUUGGGAAGUACCCAACAAAUACAAAAAGCUCAACCCAAUCGGCACGGGAGCUUACGGACAAGUUUGUUCUGCUUCUGUUACCACAACCAUCAAGCAGGUGGCCAUCAAGAAAUUAGCUCGUCCAUUCCAAACGGAGACUCAUGCUAAACGUGCCUACAGGGAAAUACGGAUGCUCAGGCACUUUCAUCAUGAAAAUAUAAUAUCUCUAGUGGAUUUGUUCACUCCAGAUCAGACGUAUGACAAGUUUGGCGAUGUCUACUUGGUGUUGCCUUAUAUGGACACGGACCUGCACGAGAUCCUCAAGCUGCAGUCUCUGUCUAACGACCACAUACAGUUCAUGCUGUACCAGAUUCUCAGGGGACUUAAGUACAUUCACUCGGCUGGCAUCAUUCACAGAGAUCUUAAGCCCAACAACAUAGGUGUAAAUCAAAACUCAGACAUUAAGAUUUUAGAUUUUGGGUUAGCUCGGUCGAGUGCUGAGGAGAUGACUGGGUAUGUUGUGUGCCGCUGGUACCGAGCCCCCGAGAUUAUGCUCAACUGGAUGCACUAUAAUCAGAAAGUGGACAUCUGGUCUGUUGGGUGCAUCCUGGCUGAAAUGAUCACAGGAAAACCCCUGUUUAAGGGCUCAGACCAUAUUGACCAGUUGAACAGGAUACUGCAGCUGACCGGGACACCCAGUGAAGAGUUCAUUGAGAAGAUGGUCAGUGGGGAUGCAAGAAGAUUCAUACGGUCACAACCAAAGUCAAAGAGGAAGAAUUUUUCAGAAUAUUUCCACAAAGCUGAUCCUCAAGCUGUUGCCCUUCUUGAAAAGAUGCUUGACCUUGACCCAGAUUCCCGUAUAACCAUAGAGCAGGCGCUCGCACACCCCUACCUCCGUCAGUUUUACGACCCUGAGGAUGAACCAUCCUCCCCUCACUUUGACAGUUCAUUUGAAGAUCUGAAACAUGACUGUGAAGGAUGGAGAAGGUGUGUAUAUGAGGAGAUCUGCAAGUUUGGUCACUGAAGUCAAACAUAUCAGGGGUUUCUGUCUGUUGACAUCAUACAUCAAUCAACUGGUGCUCUCUCUACACACUUGGUCAUACCACAGCAGAUGUCAGGUCACACUGGAUACAUGGACCCAGUGAAGGAGUGACCUCCAUUGUGGUCAGUGAUGUAAAUACAUACUACAGGAAGGUCAGUACAUGACACAACAGACUCAAAGACAUUAAGUAGUAGCAGCUAAAACAUACUACACAGAUGUCACUGCAGAAAGGUCAUGCCUUCGUAAAGGUCACUGCUGCAAGGUCAAACCACAGUGGAGGUCAUUGCAGUAAGGUCAACAACAGUUGAGGUCACUGCUGCAAGGUCAAACCUCAGUGGAGGUCACUGCUGCAAGGUCAAACCACAGAGGAGGUCAUUGCAGUAAGGUGAACAACAGUGGAGGUCACUGCUGCAAGGUCAAACCUCAGUGGAGGUCACUGCUGCAAGAUCAAACCACAGUGGAGGUCAUUGCAGUAAGGUGAAUGACAGUGGAGGUCACUGCUGCAAGGUCAAACCACACAGGAGGUCAUUGCAGUAAGGUGAACAACAGUGGAGGUCACUGCUGCAAGGUCAAACCACAGUGGAGAUCACUGCGGUAAAGCUGAAACCACAGUGGAGGUCAUUGCAGCAAGGUCAAACCAUGGUGCAGGUGACUGCAGCAAGAUCAUGUCAUAUUGCAGUGGAGGUCAACAGUGAUUUUGCCAAGAGUACAUAUUGUUGAUAAGCAUGGAAAUAUAUGUUAUCAUAGUUAACAAGCUCUUGACACACGUGAUGUUUUUGGAAGGAUUGAAUCCAGAUACACAUGAAUUAGUUACCAAAGAUGGCAGAAAGUAAAGGCUCUUAGAUCUUCAGCAUAAAUGUGUCUUUGGAUUCAUUUAAUCUAUUACCUGAGACUACAAAAAACCUUGUUUUUCCAAACAGUCUACUUCCAUUUGAACCUCCCAGUUGACAUUACAAUGAAGCUGUUGGUUGGCCAACUUGGUGUAUACAAUAUUUUAUAAUAUAAAUAUGAUUAUAAUA